CUUCGCGCGGGCAGUAAUUACAAUAAUUUACAAAUUCCUGUCGUAUCUCGGCUAUUGUAGUGUAACACAUUCCACGAUCAGCCGCACGGGGUAUUGUUUUAGUCCAUCUAGAGCGGGAAACCAUACCGUGCCAUGUAGGUCAAAGGUGAAGUUAUGUCACAGGUCAGAGUUGAGCGCUGAUCGUGACGGACCGCGCUGUGAGUGACUGCCUCUCAAAGAACAGCCAAGCAAGAAGGAGUCGAUCGGAAUACGAACCCAUGUGUUGUCAGAGUGGGGACAGCGGAUAGUUAGUUGUCAGCAGAAUGGACGAUACCAUUGACGAUGUGGACGUUAAUGACGAUUUGGAUCCAAGAAUCCAGGAGGAACUAGACAUGCUGAACAGUGCCAGCAAUGACAUCAACCGGCUGGAGAACGAGAUCGACGAGGCGAGAGCCAAGUAUCGACUGACGUUUUCCGAUGCUUCUCACAAGAUGGAGUCCAUGGGUCGCGGUCUGAAGAACUUCAUCCAGAGGGCGCGCAUCUACUACCAGUUGAAGGAAGCCGCUAUUGAGGCUCAAAGUGAGGCCCUGCGUGCCGCUCGUCAGUACCAGACAGCCAAUGGAAUUUAUAGAGCAGCGAAAGAAACGAUCGCAUUGGCUGAACAGAAGUUAAUGGAUGACCAAUCAGCGGCUAUGUUGUCUAGUGCUUGGCAGGAAAUGCUCAACCAUGCCACGAUAAGGGUGAUGGACGCGGAGCGGGAGAAGACACGGAGUGAACAGGAACAUCUCCGACGCUCCAACAUCUUCGCCGAACUGGAGACGAAGCUGACGUAUCUGGAGAAGAAGUUCAAGAAAUCCAUCCUGAAGGCCAGACCAUACUUUGAACUCAAGGCUCAACUUGAACUGAAGCUGCAGCAACAGAAGCAGAAUAUAGAUGACCUUCAGAACGCAAUACGUUCUUCCAAGGUCAAGUACUCGGACUCACUGCGCCACCUGGAAGGGAUCUCAGAGGAGAUCCACGAGAGCAGACGACAGAAGAUCCUGCUGAUGUUUCCGCGGGAACCGGGGGUGGGAGCAGACGACGAGAGCCUGGGGUCCAGUAUAUCCGAGCAAAACAUUGAGCGAGGUCUGUUUUCUGCUUCCUCACGCACUGACGACCAUCUUGAUUCAGAAAUAGACGAGAUUGAUGACGUUUUUACUUCUGAUCACGUGACGGACCACGCCCCGAAUGCUUCAUCUACUGAUAUUAACUAUCCAAAGAACCUACCAGGCACUAAACACCUCAUAAACAGCCACGUGACUUCCAAAUCACCCGACACAAAGGGAGAUAACCGACCGGAUGUUCUGCAUAACGUGCAUGUAGACGACAUCAGUGCUUCCUUCAAACAAUGUGAUAUGAUUAAUGACAACAGUUGUGCUGGGGGGAGAUCGUGUCCUGCCUCGGGGGUUGUGAACGGGGUAGGCAAUGACCACAACCAUCCAGACACUCCCUCGGGUAUUAGACAAUGUGGAAGCGGGGCAGAAAUAUCACCUGUGUGCGUAGAUGACGUCACGACAUGCUCAACUGACGUCAUUGAAAAAGUGAAUGACGUCAUUUUACCGGAAAGAGACGAUCACACAGAAGGCUCCUCCGACCCAGAAGAGUGUGUUAAAGAUCUGAAACUCAGCAGAGAUAACAGGACCGAAUCUACAGACGUUUUAUAACCACGCGGGGUCUGCUUUGUAUCCCCAUCCUGCCACAUGUCCACAUGCAUGUUCUGUUCCCUGAUGCCUGUUCCCUGAUGCCCGCCAUGCACUGAGCCCAGUAAGCCUUGUAAUCUGUUCCAGAACCCGUUGAUACAGGGAAACCAAGGCUUCACUGCUAAAUACUCACAAGUGGCGGGGACCCAUUCUAACCAAGCACCCCCAGAGAUAGUACGAGUUAGUACAUUGUUACCUAACACGAACAUAAAAAGGCAUGUCGUGGAUUAACGCUUUUUGUAUAGAAACUGGAAACAGUUUCGAUCUGAGAUAGACAAUAAUUCGUUCCUAUUUGUGACUUUUCAGGACACACGAACAAUGAUAUUCAUUGGUAUUAGACAAUUUUGAGAGACUGUACUUUUGUUACAAUAAAUAUUCAUUAACCAAAA